AAGCCGCCAUCGAUAUCCCAACGAUCGGUAGUGCACCUCUCGACAAGAUUAGCGAGAGGAGAGAUUGCCCACCCGAUUGACUUACAGAUUCUGCUCCAUUGGAGAAGGCCUGCCACAAGCCAACAUCAAAUCAGCAGUGGCCCAGCCAGACAUGGGGCCGGGGACUGGCGUGUCUACCUGACCAGCACGUGCACACACCCGUCCCGGACAAUUUUGGGCCCUGACCUAGUCUGAUGUUGCAGUGUAGCUGGCGUUGUCGCAUCCGCUAGUGAUCAUGUCCACGUUCUGCUCGCUUCAUGAAGCUUCUGCCAAUGCAGCCAUGGCCUUGCGCCACCUCCUCGGGCCCUUCGACUCCCGGGGCUCCAUGCAGAACGACACGAGGACCCUCGGGGCCCUGGCCGUCGUGCUGCUGCUGCUGACCGCCCCGCUGGAGCUGUCGCAGCUGGUCUUCGCAUUCGUGGGCGCUGCGGCCUACGCCCUGGUGCAGGCCACGCAGGUGGCCCCACCGCGCACGCCGGCCGCCGGCAAGCUGGGCGCCAAGGCCCCGCCGUCACAGGGCGGCGCGCCCCACCGCCCCGCGAGCUGCCGGGCCGCCCCGCGCUCGGCCCACCACGGCGGGGUCGAGGCCCUGCGGACGCGCCGGCCGGCGGAGGGCACGGCGGAGGUCCGAGGGGCCCGGGCUCCGCUGGCCCCGCACGGGGAAGGCUGGCCACGGCACUCGAACGCAGAGCCGCGAAGCGUGCUCGCGUGUGCCCGGCAGCCCGGCGAGCAGAAGCAGGGAGCGACCCAGGCGCCCCUGGACGUUAUGGACCAGAUUUGCACGCUGUUCGAGGAGAAGGCAAAUAGCAUCGUCGACUGUCCACCGCCCAUCGCGCACGAACUCCGCGUGCCUCCGGUGCGCGUGUACCUCAAGCGCCGCACAGAGUGGGCGCGCGGCUUGCUCCCGCUCCGUGCCGGGGUCGUGUGGGUCGAACGGCUGAUGUCCUACGACCGGGGGGUGCAGCAGCUGCUGGACCAGAUCGCGCCCACCAACGAGGCGAGCGCGGUCGUGCAGCGGCUGGCACGCCUGGUGAAGCAGUCCUUGCGGAGGAUCUCUCCGGACGUGGAGGUCUUUGGCUUCGCCAGCGCGGACUUGGUGCGCGCCGCCGCCUUCGGCGUGGCCGUUCCCGAGGUGGACAUCGUCGUGCACGUCAGCCUGCAGGCGUUGGCGGGCCGCAUGCAAGGACCGGCGUGGUGCGGCCCAAGGCCCGCCGCGUCCGUCGCCGACGUCGACCUGCGCAAGCUGCAGAAGUCCGCCAUCCGCACGUGCACGGACCGCCUGGUCUCCAACGGCACCUUCAAGUUUCGCCGCUCCGCCUUCCGCGGCCAGGAGCCCAAGGUGACGCUGCUGGUGCCCGCCUCCCUCGGCCUCUUCCCAGAGGCCAUCCCGAUCGACUUCUCCGUGAACGCCACCACGCCCCUGUACAACUCGGUGGUCCUCGCGGAGAGUGCGGGCGGCUGGAGCCGCGCCUGA